AUCUUUGUGAUCCCAUUUAAUGAGCAUGAUUUGAUUUUCAUCAAUAUAUAGCCGCGAUCCACGUGAUUCACAGUACCGGAGCUGGUUGGGUUGACGUACGUUGUGCUGACGAGUUUGACAUUUGUUCAGAAAACUGUGUGUUUCUAUAUCACCCAGAACCUUCGAGCGAUUGCAGUUUCUCUUCGUUACAUGGCGUAAAAAAUAACUUAAGAAAGAUGACGUCGAACGAUGAGAAUAUCGUCCCGGCGCGACAGGGUGCUUUCCGCGGAGUUUCUCGAGUGCUUGGAAAGCUGAAGUCGUCCAUCGAAUCGAAAAACUUCUACGAGGCACAUCAAAUGUAUCGGACACUGUACUUUCGCUACGUUUCACAAGGUAAAUAUCAGGAGCUGCUAGAGUUGCUGUACAAAGGAGCGUUGACGAUGCUGGACAACGAGCAGUACAGUAGUGGCGCCGAUCUGGCCCUACUCAUCAUUCAAACACUCGAAUUGGCGGGUUCUGCCGUAGAAGACAACGAAGAAUGGAUGAACCGGAUAUCCGAGCUAAUAGGAAAAAUUAAACCAAAUGUCGUCGAACGCGAAACCGUGGUGGAGAAAGCAUUGAAAUGGAGUGGAACGAUUUCAAAAUCAGCCAUCGGGCACCCACUGAUGCACAAGCUGAUGGCCAAGAUCGUGUACAGGGAGAACAAUCUUAUUCAAGCCCAGCACCACUUCGCACUUUCAAAGGACAGUUUGAGCUGCGUGUCCGUGAUGAUCGAAGUUAGCAUAUUCCAUGGGUACAGAAACGAGACGGAUCUGUUCAUCGCCCAACUGGUCCUGCAGAUGCUCUGCUUGAAGGAUCCGGAGACAGCGUGCGAAAUGUUCGCUGCCUACAUCAAAUUUCACCCGCAGAUCGCGCGCACCGAACCACCGUUCGCGAUGCCGUUGCUCAAUUUUCUUUACUUCCUGCUGGAAGCGAUAGGGCAGUCCGAUCGUAAGUAUGUCGUUUUUCGAACGCUGUGUGAUCUGUACAAACCUUCGCUGGAUCGCGAUCCGUCGUACGACAAGUACUUGCGCCGAAUCGGAGCGAAGUACUUCGGCGCCAAGCAGCAGGAGCAAUCGCGCGGCUUCGUGUUCGGCGAUUUGUUGAACCAAUUCUUCCAGGACCUCGAUGCGGACUUUGGCGACGAUCCAGUCGCUUUGCAAGAGGGCAGCAGCGAGCAUGGCGAGGUUGAUUAAUAUUUUUCCAAACACAUUGUUCGCGUUCUUUCGUCACGGCUUUUUUGAAGCACCAUUCACAGCCAUUCAACCUUACCUACG